AUGAAACCGUCGGCGCUUAGCUGUAUAUUCAACAUCGAGAACGCUCCUACCCGCACAGGCCAAGUCCACACCGUUUCGUCAAAAGUAGUACAACUGCUGAACCACGAUCGUGCCCGUACACCUUACCAAUUCCCAAGCCCCUCCGCUCGUAACCCUACACACCGCUGCGCGAUCAUGGCAACCCCCUCAGGCGGCAAGUCACCAGCGGGUUCACCGUCGCCAAGGGCGGAAGACCCAUUUCCCGGCCACGACUGGUGGUCGCGAAGUCCUCGACCGCCAGCGACAAGGGUUUCGAAUGCGAGCGCAACAAACCCUAGCUCGAUUAGUGUGUCGCUGGAUAACGCCUCUCAUAGUCGAAGGAGCAGGGGCACGGUAGCAGAGUCGGGUCAGAAUGCGAUAUCUACACUCCUACAACCGCCGAUAUUACGGGCCGCGAUCCAUUCGACCUCGCAGAAACCGCCAACUUCCCGAGAUAUACCUCCUGUCACUCUCACCACUAUCCUCGAUGUCGAACCCUCGGCCUUUGAAGACUACCUCAGUGAGGUCGGAAGUCUCUUUGAUGCUCUCCAACGCACGAAGCUCGAGUCCGAAGACGGCGGCGCACCAGUGUCUCGUCAAGACAUCUCCGCUGCCAAAGACGACGAACUUGCACCAUGCGGAAGGCGGAAGACGAGCGCUUCGAAGCGCAGCCAGCUUGCGCCUGCACCGCUGUCUAUGAUUCCCUCUGUUUAUUUCGAUGAAAACUUUCGCCUCGAGAAUCCGCGCACUUUCGAUGUUGUCAGUGAGCAUGCGGAGGUUGUAAAGCAGCCACUGUCCACCAUCGGAGACCGUGGCAACGGCGCGAAUGGUACUGCUGCAAAUGGUAACCAGCUGCCUGCUAGGAAGACGCUUACUACUAAUGCCAUAUUGCAAGAGAAGUUAUUGUGGUACAUGGACACUGUAGAGAUUCAUUUGAUAUUUUCCAUUUCGCAAUUGUCAGCCUCCUUUUUCGCCGCGAUCGGCUCUCUUCGUGAACUCCAGAUCGAGGCGGCUGACUCUGUCGUAAAGAUCCAGAAGCUGAGGGAUGACCUCGCGGAUUUGAACAAAAAUAUGGUAGUGCCCGGUUUCGAGAUCAGCAGCAUGAAGCGAAGACGGGACAAUCUGAGAAAGCUGGGCGAGGCUACCGAACAGCUUCGAUGUGUUCUUAGCGGCGCUAGUCAUUGCGAGGAACUCGUAAACUCUGGGCAGCUGGAGACGGCCAUAAAACAUAUCUCGUACGUCGAACAGCUUGCAUCCGAAACACUGGAUCCGAAAAUUGGCGGCGAGUUGCAUUGGCUUCUGCCGAACCCAUCCAUCAGGCUUACCGAUCUACGCCGACUGCACGUUCUUGGAGGAUCGUUGCGAGGCAUCGACCAGCUUCGCCUACGAAUCGGGAAAGGUUAUGAAGCCCGAUUGCUGAACGUCCUUUUGUGCGACCUGCGCCGACAUGUGUCCGGCGUACCGCCCAGAGACACUCUGGCGCGCUGGACGGAUACCGCAAAACGCGUACAAGGCGUGACGGAUGUCUCCUCAUCGACACCUGCGUCCAUGAGGACUGCAAAAAAGCUGCGCGAAGAACUCAUCCCUGUCCUGCAGGGACUUGGCCAGUCGCAGUAUCUAGCUGCAGCAAGCACCACAUUUCGCGAAGCUGUCAUCGGAGAGAUGAAGUCUCUUAUCCGCCAGCACCUGCCGAGCUCUACCGACGACGAUAAUGAGUCUGUCGCAUCUGCAUCCAGCGGUCGACGUCCGACCCUGCAGGAAAAGUCGAACAUUUUGUCUCGCAACUUGCGUGCUCUCAGUCCCGAGGACGCCGAAGUGUUCUUCGUCAAGGUCUACUGCGGGAUAGGCGAAGCAUUACGGAGGCUUCGCGUACAGGUCAAGGUUCUCCUCGAUAUCACAAGUGGCAUGAAGAAUACUCCAAGCAACGUACUCACGCCCGUCCAAAGCCCGGGAAGCAUGGGCAAUCCGGCGAUCCGUUCCCCAAGCCUUUCGACGGGAUGUAAUUUGCAGGAAGAGAUGACUCUGGCCCUUGACAUGUCGAACCUCCUCGAACAGGCAGUGGACAAGGCACAAUCAGAGGUGACAAAGGUGCUGCGAGUCAGAACCGAGCAAACGGUUCGCCUUGGAUUGACCGAUUUCCUACGCUACUUCACACUGAAUCGCCUGUUUGUCAAUGAAUGCGAGGCAGUCUCUGGAUACUCUGGAGCGGCGCUCAAAGGCGUCGUGAACAACCAAAUCCACGACUUUAUCCCUCGUCUGCACGAAGUGGAAAAGCAAAAGCUGGUGCAAAGGAUGGAGUCUGAGAAGUGGGAGCGCAUCGACUUCAAGCCCCAGGACGCAUUGAUUCUGGCGCACAUUGUCCAGUCCAUGAACAGUGACCCCCCGGCAUGGCUCGGUUAUACGGACGCUAGUACCGUAAGCCUGGAAGCAGGUGAACGGAAUUUACAGACAAACCUCACCCCUGCGGAGCCUACGAAUGCUGCUAAACAAGACAAGAAAGCCCUGGCACUAGCGGUCAUCGAGGAGGAGAAGUUUAUUCUCGUCGAUUCGGCAGUAUUUGCGCUUCGCGGCAUAGAGCAAUACACAGUCCUUCUGGCAUCGGUCCCCGGCAUGGCCAACGACAUCUCGACGAUCCUACUUGACUAUCUCAAACUGUACAACUCUCGCGCACAACAGCUUAUUCUCGGUGCCGGUGCUAAAAUAACAGCUGGGCUGACCAAUAUCAAUACGAAGCACCUUGCCCUUGCCUCGCAGUCACUAUCCUUCUUCAUUGCUCUGAUACCCUACGUGCGCGAGUGUGUCCGUCGUCGACCGUCCAUCACAGGCUCCAGCAUGGCAGAAUACGACCGGCUGAAGCGCCUGCUCCAGGACCAUCAGUCCGCUAUCCAUGACAAGCUCGUCGACAUAAUGAGUUUUCGCGCGACCGUUUGCACCAGAGAGAUGGAGAAGGUCAAGUGGGACGAUGAAGACGAGGUGCAGAGGAACGUCAGCCCACACAUGGAGACGCUCACAAAGGAGGCGCUCACGCUACACCGAGUGCUGAACAAGUAUCUACCGGCGUUGAACGUGAGGAUGAUCGUCGGACGGGUCUUUGUGAGCUACAAGGAGCAAUGGAGCAAGGCAUUCGAAAGCGCGGCGAUACGGACCGAGGCCGGGCAAGCGAGACUUCUGCGAGACGCGGAGCUGCUCGGAGCAAAGCUUGGCAAGAUUGACGGCGGAGAAGAGCUCGGCGCGCACUUGAUUAAUAUUGUCAAGGCGAAGCAGGUCGCAUCCCGGUCAAAGACCAGCACGAGUGCGCCAUCUGGUGAGGACAUACCCGCGUGA